ACAUUCUAUCAAAUCUCAACUCACGUCCCCUUUUGCUUUCAUUUUUGUUUCUUCCUCAACCAAUUUCUAAAUCAGUUCAGUUCAAGCUUUUAGACCUUUCGAGAAAAACAAUAAGAAGACUGACUACUAUUCUUCAUCUUCUUCUGUCGAAUCUUACCUAGACAUUCGAAUCAAACACCUUGAAGAUGUCUCUUUCAAAUAAGCUUUCUAUCACUGAUGUGGAUGUGAAGGAUAAGAGAGUUUUGAUCAGAGUAUGUUUAUUGAUCUAAUCUACCCAUCAAAUCUUCAUCCUAUACUACAGAAGUAUACUUUGUUGAGUACAUAUUGGUUAUUUUGAAUGUCCAAUAUCUACUAGCACAUACUAAAUAACGGCAUCUAAAAUAACGAACCGCACUAACCUCCUCCGCUCCCGCUAGGUUGAUUUCAACGUCCCCCUCGACUCCGACAAAAACAUCACCAACAACCAACGUAUCGCCGGUGCCGUCCCAACCAUCAAAUAUGCCAUCGACAAUGGCGCCAAAGCCGUUAUCCUCAUGUCCCAUCUCGGACGCCCGGAUGGAAAAGUCAACGCUAAAUACUCGUUAAAGCCCGUAGUUCCAGAGCUCGAGAAGCUUUUGGGAGGUAAGAAGGUCGAGAUGGCGCCAGAUUGUGUGGGAAAGGAGGUUGAGGAGAUUGUUAAUAAGGCCUCUGGGGGACAGGUUGUCUUGCUUGAGAAUUUGAGAUUCCAUGCUGAGGAGGAGGGAUCCUCGAAGGAUGCUGAGGGAAAGAAGGUUAAGGCUGAUAAGGAGAAGGUAGAGGAGUUUAGAAAGGGUUUGACUGCUUUGGGUGAUAUUUAUAUCAGUGAGUUCUAUUUUUUUUUUACUGUGGAUUUGGACUUUUAUUGUCCAGCUACGUUUCAGACAUUUGGGAGCCCAAAGGGACAUGUAAAUUCCGGGCAUCAUUUCCCCCCAUCCAUGGCUGGUAGAAUGUGGAUUUUCAUUCUCUAUUUUUGAUGUCAACAUUCAAUACAGGCUUCAGAAAUGUGGAUUUCAGCAGCUAACUAAAUUUCCAGACGAUGCUUUCGGAACUGCCCACAGAGCUCACAGCUCCAUGGUCGGAGUUGAUCUCCCACAAAAGGCAUCUGGAUUCCUCAUGAAAAAGGAACUCGAGUACUUUGCUAAGGCAUUGGAGAACCCUCAACGACCAUUCUUGGCUAUUCUUGGAGGAGCCAAGGUUUCCGAUAAGAUCCAAUUGAUCGAUAACCUUCUCGGAAAAGUUGACAAACUCAUUGUCUGUGGUGGUAUGGCAUUCACAUUCAAGAAGACCUUGGAGGGUGUCAAGAUCGGAAACUCCCUCUUCGAUGAGGCUGGAAGCAAGACUGUUAAGGAUCUUGUUGAGAAGGCCAAGAAGAACAAUGUUGAGCUCGUCUUGCCAGUUGAUUACAUCACCGCAGACAACUUUGCCAAGGAUGCUAAGACUGGUACCGCUACUGAUGAGGAGGGUAUCCCAGACGGAUGGAUGGGACUCGACUGUGGGGCUAAGAGUAUCGAACUCUACAAGAAAGCUAUCGAUGAGUCCAAGACUAUCCUUUGGAACGGUCCUCCAGGAGUCUUCGAGUUCGAGGCUUUUGCCAAGGGUACCAAGGCUACUCUCGAUGCUGCUGUUGAUGCUGCGCAGAGUGGAAAGAUUGUUAUUAUCGGUGGUGGUGAUACCGCUACUGUGGCUGCUAAGUACGAAGUUGAGAGCAAGCUUAGCCAUGUUUCCACUGGUGGUGGAGCUUCUUUGGAAUUGCUCGAGGGUAAGGACCUUCCAGGUGUUUCUGCUUUGUCGAGUAAGUAAAUUUUGAAGCCACAUCAGUAAAAUAGUUCGGCUCUGAUAGGAAGUCAGACCGUUCAAACAAGUCUAACCUUUAGGAAGGUUCGUUGGGAGCAGAGAUAGUAAAUGAGAGCUCAAAUCACGAAGGGACAGUUGGAGUGACGACAAAAUGAAUGACCAAAAAAACAUUA